GGUUUGUAGCCACCAGUGUUAUCGUGGUGUGAGUAAGUGGCAUCUUUGAGAUUUGAUGUAUCAGCGACAUUGCGGCGUUUCCGCAUCGACAGUUCGUCAGUUUCUUGGUGGAAAUACACAUCUCAGCAGUCUGCACGACUGAGUAGAGGUACUCGUUAAUUAAGGAUGUCAACCGUUGCUGUUCUUCAGAUGUAUGUGGGCGACAUUUGCAAGUAUGUCCGUGAAAUAUCUACCCUUGGAUAUGCCGGAGUUGUCUUCUUGGCAUCCGCGUCAAUACUGACAUUUCUACACAGGUUAAUGUAUGGGACCAAAUCUCCCCCUGGUCCCUGGGGACUACCUAUUGUAGGCCAUCUGCCUUUUCUCGGUAAAACACCAUAUCAGACUUUUAUGAAGAUGAGAAAGAUCUAUGGAGAUCUCAUCAAAUUACAGUUUGGAGCAUGGCCAACAGUAGUGAUUCACGGGAAGCUCAUCAAGGAGGCACUUUGUACCAAGGGUGAUGCUUUUUCUGGUCGACCACAGUUCUUCUCGUCAGUUUCCGUUCAAAAUGGCAAAAGUUUAUCUUUUGGAAAAUUCGACAUGUCCUGGAAACUGCAUAGGCGUAUAGCAAAUAAAUCCUUCCAAGAAUUUGCAAACGCAAGAAAGAAUCCUGUUGAAGAAAUUAUAUGCGAGGAGGUCAGUAAUAUUUUGGAGGAGUUCGAAGGAUACAACGGCCAGGCCUUUGAUCCACACGAUCACAUUUACAUUGCAAUGGGCAGUGUGAUAUAUCAGAUAUGUUACGGAAGGAAAGGCAACGUCAGAGCAGACAAGGACUUUUGCGAGUACAUUCUACACACUCAAGACUUCUCUACAUUUGUUACUGCUGGGAAUCCAGUUGAUAUUUUCCCAUGGUUGAGGCACUUUAUGAAGAAGAGAGUAAAGCAGUUUAAAGAUCUUCUAUCCAAGGGACAUCUCAUCCGCAGAAAGAGAAUUCGGGACCACCUGGAAACAUUCUCCUCUGAUAAUCUCCGGGAUGUCACAGACAGUCUUAUCAAUGAGUCAAAACAGCUUACAGAAACGGACAAGGCAAAUGGUAUGAGUGAAGAACGGCUUCAGGACACGAUCGGAGAUCUGUUUGCUGCUGGGUUCGAUACAGUGGCUACUACGACUAUGUGGACAAUGCUUCUACUUGCAAAGACACCACGAGUCCAAAAGAAAAUUCAGGAGGAAAUUGACAAUGUCGUAGGUAUGUCCAGACGCCCAACAUUGGCUGAUAGACGUAACAUGGUGUACACCGAAGCAACCAUUCAUGAGAUUCUGAGAAUCAUCAACCUCACACCAUUGUCCACACCCCACGCAACGACUGAGGAUGUCGAACUGGCUGGUUACACCAUCAAGAAGGAUACUCUUGUGUUUCUCAAUCUAUUUUCAUUGAGUCAUGAUCCGGAGGUCUGGGGGGACCCUGAAGUAUUCCGACCAGAGCGUUUCCUGAAGGAGGAUGGUCAGAUCGACACUCGUCUCCUGGACACGUACCUUCCUUUCUCAGCAGGACGUCGACGAUGCUUGGGGGAAUUCCUAGCAAGGAUAGAGCUCUUCCUAAUCAUUUCAGGUUUCCUUCAGAGAUGUACCUUUGUCAAGCCUAAAGAUGUGAAAGAGUACACCAUGGAUUGUACCUAUGGGUUGAACCAGAAACCUUUUCCUUACACAGUAGAGGUCCAAUUUAGGAUGUAAAAUACCUUUCUAGCGAAUAUAGCAGUCUUACUGAUCAUGGAGGUUUUGUCCAAAAAUUUCACUCAAGCCUGAGUCAUGUCCACAAUAACGUCAUCGAGUUGAUCCAGAUUCAUCGUCGUCACACGUCGAGUUCCAGUCCUGUACAUAGGUGUGUCAAAGUAAUCAUUAGUAUCUGUUAUCAUAUCGAGUUAGCUUGACAUCCUCGCUUAUCGAAUUGUCUUUAAAGGUGCAAUGUCAUACCACAUUUCUCUAAAAAUACAUAAUGCAUUUCUCUUAAUAAUGCUAACUAUCAGCCCUCAGGCAAGCUACCAUAUAAUUUAUUAACACAAAUAUUUCGUUCACUAUUAAAUAAAAAAGUUCGAAUGAAUUAAUGCAACAUUGCAUUAAUCGACUCUCGCGCCCUCUGCCGGACGAACACUAUUUCAAGCGAAACCCAUGGAGUUAUGUCCUUUGGAGCGCUCUUUACGAAUAUCCUACGCAUAACAUAACCAGUUCGGCAAA